AUGAGUCAUUUGUUACUGUCUUCAUUUGGUACGACGACGACGACUGCUACUCCUUCUUCGACAACUUCAAGAAGUUCACAUACCAAUCGCAACACACCAUAUAACCAAAGUACUAUCACUGCAAAUAGAAGUUCCCCAGUUCCUAUAAAUUCAGUCAACUCAAGAACUAUACCACAGACAAUGAACCCACCCAUAGAUAUGAAAUCGAACAACAUAUUAAAUCCAGAAAAAGACACAGAUACUCCGCGAGGAGAUCAUCUUGAAUCAAAAGCUUCUAGUACUAGUAGCGCUAGUGGAACAACUGCCACCAACAGCAACAAUGGUAACAAUAAUAAUUCAACAGGGAAAACACAAAUUGUUUUUAUACAUAAAUUAUAUGACAUGUUACAUGACGAAUCGAUAUCCCAUCUUAUAUGGUGGUCUCCAAGCUUGGAUUCAUUUUAUGUAACACCUGGAGAAGAGUUUUCCCGAGUGUUAUCCCAAUACUUCAAGCACACCAAUAUUGCAUCGUUCAUAAGACAAUUAAACAUGUAUGGGUUCCACAAAGUAAAUGAGCCAUUCUUGAACCAAGACGAUCAACAACAACAGCAACUACAGUCCAAUAGAUGGGAAUUUAGACACUCUACCAACCAAUUUAGAAAAGGUGACACCGAAUCGUUAAAGAAUAUAAAACGAAGAAGCUCAAAGACAUUGAAUGCACAAAAGGAAGUUGUUAAUAUAAAAUCAUUACCACCAACAUCACAUCCAAUGGAAUAUAACACUGGGUACUCUUAUCAAAAUGAGGAUAGUGCUCACUACUUCAUUCAUCAACAUAGCAUUACCUCAAUGCAAUCACCCGCUGACAUGAGACCUCGUUCUCCAUCUACUCCAAUACCAAUUCAAUCAUUAGCACAACAGCAACAACAGCAACUUCCGCCACAACCUGUACCUAAUGGCCCGCCUGUUUUUAGCGGACCGAUUCCGCCAGGAGCUGUGAAUCAAUCUCCUCAGGAAUAUCUCACAAGACCAUCAAUUCUAAAUAAUGUUCAAGGAUCUUUUGAAAAUGCUACAAAUUUCAAGUUUGUUGAAUUGACUAAUCAAAUAAAUUUGUUGCGAAAUGAUUUCUUUUCAAUAAAUAAUCGCUAUGAAUUACUUCAAAAUGAAUUAAAGUAUCAAACAGCUGAUUCGAUGGCAAUUUUGGAGAUUCUUGAGAAAUUGUCUAAUGAUAACAGAAUUACAAGUGACGUGCGUGAUUUGAAAAAUGUGGUUAGUCAAAGAAUGCAACGGUUAGGUAAUCAGUUUAUUCCCCAACAAUCAAACUUCCAACCGCAGUUAGCAGGACAACAACAACAGCAGCAGCAACAGCAGCAUAGUCAAUCUUUAUCUUCAAACUAUCAUCUUGAGUCGACUAGUGUUUCCAGAAAUCCCUCUACAACCAAUCUUAAUGUUGCCCCUCAGCCAUAUGCUUUGAACCCUCACUAUACUAUUUACGCAAACAAUCGUGCGCUGGGAAGUUCAGAAAUCAACAAUGGUGUAUUCCGGGCACGUGAAGAUAGCAAUAAUUCAAAGAGAAACUUGUCUGUAUAUGAUCCAUUACAACCAGUACCCUCUAGAAACAGCUCAAGGAUUUUAAUUGAGGAAUCAACUCCAAAUCACCCACCUACAACUUUGAACCCUCAACAACCACAGCUGCAGCUGCAUAUCCAAUUGGGACCAGCAAUGCCACCUCAAGGUUUCCGUAAUAGGGCAGAAUCAACAUAUUCUCCAUUGAGUCACCUGAGUAAUAAAUCACAAAUUUUAAAUAAAGCCCCAACACCAGUAAAUCACUCACCACUUGUUCAACAACAACAAAAGGAGGUUAAGAAGGAAGUGAAUGAAAAUUCUGCUGUACCACCAACUCAGUCAUCCCAACCAGUUACAAGACCACUCUCCAGACAACAACAACAACAACAACAACAACCGUUACAUAAUCCUUCAACUACAUCAUCUAGAACUAAUUCGUUGCCUAAUCCAGUGGCUGAACAGCCAAUCCCUCAAUCACCUUAUUAUUUACAACGUAAUUCAUUCAACACGGUUUAUGAACAUCAAAAACUGUUGAGGGUUCCAUCACCCAAAAGAGUAAGAUACGCUACACCACCUAGAAGUAUACCUGAACAGCCAACAUCAUCUGCAUCUGCAACUACCAUGAUAACAUCUACAUCCAAAGCCACUUCAACUUCUGGAACUGCAAUUUCAAGAAACGACAAUCAUUCAGUAGCAUCUUUAACGGCAGGGACGUUGCCUAGCGUUAGUGAAUUAGACAAAUCUAUAAGGACAGGUAAUCUGGUGAGUUUACCACCAAUUAAAUCAAUGACGGAUAAUGAUAGUAUGAACGAUAACGGUAAUGGUAAUGACAAUGAGAACGAUCAUAAAAAGAGAAAAUUGGAAUGA